AUGUCCGUCGACGAACAAGUCAAACUUUCCAAUUUUACCAGCAUCUUCUCUCUUGAGGGCAAGGUCGCUGUCGUAACAGGUGGGUCCCGUGGGUUAGGACUACAUGCAGCCUCAGGUCUUCUCCAGGCCGGCUGCUCCAAAGUCUACAUCACCUCCCGGAAGAAGGCAGCAUGCGACGAGGCAGUUGCAGCUCUCAAUGCCAUCCCUAACAAACAGCCCGGCGCACAAGCCAUCUCUGUCCCAGCCGACAGCUCAGACAUGACAGAGAUAGACCGACUUGUCGCUGAAGUAGGCAAGACCACAGACCAUGUUGAUAUCCUCCUCGCCAAUGCUGGCGCAACAUGGGGUGAGAAAUUCGACACCCACCCUGAGCCGAUGUUUUCAAAAGUCAUGGAUUUGAAUGUAAAGAGCGUGUUCUACACCAUUCAAAAAUUCACCCCUCUACUUACAGCAAAGGCAACCAAGACAGAUCCAUCUCGCGUCAUCAUCACUGCCUCUGUGGCAGGUCUUGUGAUCGGCGCAGUUGGGGAUAAUGCAACCUUUUCUUACUCCGCUUCCAAGGCGGCUUCUAUCCACCUUGCGAAGAAUUUGGCAGUUGCCCUUGGGCCGCGGCAUAUCUUGACCAAUGUUAUUGCCCCAGGGUUCUACCCUUCGAAGAUGACUGAAAAGUUCAUUGAGGCGAGAGGAGGUACGAAAGAUAUUGAGGCGUCCUCACCUAAUGGUCGGCUCGGUAAUGCUGAGGAUAUCGCUGGCUUGGUUGUCUUUCUCGGAUCUAGGGCUUCGAGUCAUUUGAAUGGAGUAGUCAUUGCGUCGGAUGGCGGAGCUAUGCUCAAGGGGAGUCUGUAA